CCAUAGUAUCUCAUCGGCUUUAGGUGAAAAUUGCAAACUAGAGAAAUAAUUGAGAUAUUGUUCAGAAAAUUUUGAUUGUAGACGAAAAUUCUCUUUAGUUCAUUGUAUGCAAGAAUAGUCUAUCAACUUUUUGGAUCCAGUUUUUGCAAAUUACGUUGUUUUAUUAAAAAGAUUAAAUAAGUAAUUGGAGCGGAAAUUUUCCACAAAACUUGCUGAACUGAUUAUUUUUCUUAAGAUUUUUUUUAAUAAAAAUGAGUUCGACUGAAGAAACCAGCAGCCAAGCUACAACACCACAAGAUGGCCCCGAAGAUCAGUCAAAUCCCCGAGAAUUGGAAAAAAUCGAAGAGGAGAAAUUGAAAUCGAAAUAUCCUGUGGGCCUUCGAGGUCCUGGUGGUCAUACCGCAUUUUUGCAAAAGAGACUACAAAAGGGGCAAAAAUAUUUUGAUUCAGGUGACUAUCAGAUGGCCAAACAGAAAGGAGGUGGCAUUAAGCAGGUCUUUGCCAAUAAAAAUACAACCGGUGAAGCCAUCCCAACACCGGAAACCGUGCCAGCGCGUAAAACUUCAAUUAUUCAGCCUUGUAACAAAUUUCCAGCGACGAGUUAAGUUAGUUUUCCUCCUCCUACUUACCCCUGCAUAAAAAUCUAUCCUCCUAUUACUUACCACAAACUUAUUAUUAUUAUGCUAUUUAAUAAUUUUAAAUACGAUUAUCCAUUCUGAAAAUACUUUCAAAUCCUGGGAUACAUUUUUUGUUGGAAAAUGAUUACACUUUUGCUUAUUAUAACAUGGAAAUGUAACCAAUAAUCUCCCAAGAAAACAAAAUACCAGAAAGCAAUCUUGAAGCUGUACUAUGGUCUAAUAACAAAAAAAAAAAAAAAAACAAUUAGCUUCUCAUCAAGUACACUAUAUUGAUUAUUAUAAAAUACAAAUAAAAUCUUAUUUUCUUUUAUUUCUUACCCUUA